AUGGGUGUGCCAAGGUUUUACAGGUGGCUGCUGGAAAAGUACCCGAAAAUAGUGGUGAAUGUGGAGGAGGAAGACGACGUUCCAAACACAAAUGGCCGUGAAUUCGAUAAUCUGUAUUUGGAUAUGAAUGAGAUUAUACAUCCAUGUUUCCACCCUGAAGACAAUGAUAUUCUUCUUAAAGAGGCAUCUCCUUUAUAUCCAGAAACUUAUGACAAGGUAUUUGAAAGCAUAUUUGAGUGCAUAGACAGGAUUUUGCUGAUAGUUAGACCCAGAAAGCUUUUGUUCAUGUCCAUUGAUGGGGUGGCGCCCAGAGCAAAAAUGAAUCAGCAAAGAACCAGACGAUUCAGAAAUGCCAAAGACCGUGAGAUCCUUGGAAAGGAAGAAGCUAGAUUGAGAAGACAAUAUGAUCUCCAAGGUAGAGAUCUCCUGUCAAUGGAGGAAUCAGAAGUUUCUGAUUCGAAUGUAAUUGCUCCGGGGACUGAGUUUAUGUCUGAGUUAUCUGAACAACUCCAAACUUACAUUCGUAUGCGUAUCUCAAACCAUCCUACAUGGAAACAGUUAAAGGUAAUUCUUUCUGAUGCAAAUGUUCCUGGUGAGGGAGAACAUAAAAUCAUGUCAUUCAUACGGCAUCAACGUACAUGCCCAGGUUACAACCCCGAUACGAGCCACGUAUUGUAUGGUUUGGAUACAGACCUCAUUAUGCUGGCUCUUGCCAGUCACGAAGUUCAUUUCUCUAUUCUUCGACAUCAAGACGAGAAUGUUCUUGUUAAAGAUCUGAACCACCAAGGUCUGAAAGACACAGUUGAACAGAUGAGCAACCUUGAAGAAAUUCAUAAGAGGAAGUCUUUGGUGAAGAAGCCUUACCAGUUUCUUCAUGUUUGGAUACUGAGAGAAUAUCUGAAUCUUGAUUUCAAAAUGAUGAAUAUGCCUGAGAACUUCGAGUCUGAUAGCGAACGAUUGAUUGAUGAUUUCAUCUUCAUCUGCUUUUUUGCUGGAAAUGAUUUUCUACCUCAAAUGCCGACCUUGAACAUUUACGAGGGUGCCAUAGAUCUGUUGAUUCAAGUGUACAAGGAAGAGUUCCAAAAUCUCGGAGGUUAUCUCAUUGAUGUGCAAAGGGUUAAUGAUAGGAAUGGAGGUUACAUCAAUCUAAAAAGGGUGGAAAAGUUCAUCCUUGCGGUUGGAACAUAUGAAGAUGAAAUUUUCAAGAAAAGAUCAAGAAUUCAUGAAAGGAAACUAAGACGUAUGAUUUCAGAAGAUGCUAGAGGUAAUGGAGAAGAGAACUACUUGGCCGUGGGCUCGGAUGGUAAUUCGUCAUGCAUCGUGAGACCACCCGACCACAAUGUGAUUGUAGAGAACACCAAAAUGUUGAAGCGGGAAUUGAAAUCUUAUGCUCGUGAGAGAUCAUAUUUAUAUAGGAAUGGUCGCGUUACAGACUUGGUGAAGCUUGGUGAUCAUGGAUGGAAGAAUCGGUAUUAUAGAUACAAGUUUUUUGCUGAUACCGAACAAGAUAUGGAGAAUAUGAGGAAAAUUUUAGUAGAAAAAUAUGCUGAAGGACUGUGUUGGGUUCUUCUCUAUUACUUCUCAGAUGCUCCAUCAUGGACAUGGUUUUUUCCAUACCAUUAUGGCCCAUUUGCUUCUGAUUUGGAAGGUCUUUCAAAUACAAAACCCGUGUUGCGAAAAGGAUUGCCGUUGAAACCAUUUGAUCAGCUGAUGGCAAUCCUCCCGCCAAUGAGUGCAAAUGCUCUUCCUCUUUCAUAUCAAUCACUCAUGACUGAUGAGGAUUCAAGCAUUCUUGAUUUCUAUCCCACUGAAUUUGAGAUCGACACAGAUGGGAAAACCUAUUUUUGGGAGGGUGUCUGCAAGCUUCCUUUUAUUGAGGAGGAGCCCCUUCUUGCUGCGACAAAGAAGAUCGAGAAGGAACUCAGCGAGGAGGAAGCAAAGAGAAAUGCAGAGAACUUUGAUCUGUUGUUCAUACAUUGUUCAGAACAUUUAGCGCAGCAAAUUAUCAACGCCAAAGGUUCUGUCGAGCAAAAUAUCUCAAUCAAGAUUGAUACAGGCUUAUGUGGAGACAUAAAUGGUUUUGUCCAUCUUGAGCAAGAGUCCGAGAAUGUUAGUGAUUCCAAUGGGCUUGCAAACGAUCUUGAUGUUUUAUGUGUAGAUUAUCAUCCACCGAACACCAGCUGUCUCUAUAUACCACGCAUGCUUGAAGGGGUAACCAUCCCAGAAACGUUUGUGAGUGAAUCAGACAUUGAGGAGAGGCCCUUGUGGCAUGCUUUCAAGCCGCACCAUGGCAGCUGGCAAGUCACCAGAUCAUAUAAUCAUGUUCAAGAAGUUAAAAGAAACCACAGUGUUGGUUUUAGAAGCUUGUCAUGUCCUGGAGUUAUGGUGAAAGGUUGUGGAAGUGGCUGGAGCCAAAGAGGUAGGGGUUACAAUGCCACAGGAACGACAGUACUAAAUGAGCAAACCAGUGUCCCUUCUUUUUGGGAUACUAAUGGAAGAGGUUCAUGUGGAAAUAGCAACGGUCAACAGACGUCUAGCGACAGUGGUUUGGGGCAAAGCCGAAGGGUGUUUACACAAUCAACCACAUAUCCCGCAAUUAUGGCCAACAACCCGAAUGAUCAGUUCUGGUCUGUGAGGACAGACUCUGGUUCUGGAAGUAAACAAGCGUUGCAACGGUGGGGCGGCACACAAUCGAGGAACAGUGAUAGAUGGUGA